CUAGAACUGAUUUUAAAAAAUUAAUGAUUUAUCAUCAAAUUCCUAAUAUUAAAAAAUCUAGUUGGUAAAAUUAUUAAAUGCUCACUUUAAUUUAUAUUAUAAAUUCUAUAAAUAAUGCUAUAAUGCAUAAAAAAUCUAAAGUUAUUAUUAAAAGAUUCAAUAAUUUAAGUUUAAAUGUUUUAAAAAUUUUACAAAAUUUAAAUGUAAUUGAAUCUUUUAUUAUUAAUAAUUCUUUUACCGAAUGUAAAAUAUAUUUAUAUACUUAUGUAAAUUAUUUUACUAAAAUUAUUUGUAUAACUAAACCUAGUAAAUAUAUUUAUUAUAGUAAAAAUGAUUUAAUUAAAUUAAGAUCUAUGGAUAUGUUUAAUGAUUAUAUAUUAUCUAUUGAUCAUAAUAAAACUGCUAUAGUAACUAUUGAUGAUGCAAUUCGUUUAAAUAAAGGUGGUCUUUUAUUAUUAAAAGUUAUAAAAAAUCGAUAAAAAAUGUACAAACUUCAAUUAAAUAAAUUUAAAAAUAUACGUAUAAUUUUAACUAAUAAAUAUGUAAUUAUUAUUAAUAAAAAUGGUAUUAUAAAAUUUAAUACUAAUUUUUUUAAUAUGUUUAUAAAAGAUAAUAAUUUAUAUUUAAAUUUAUUAAAAUACAAAAAUAUUUAUAAUAAUUUAAAUUUAUAUUACAUUAAUAAAUUUUAUUUAUAUAAUUUUGAAAAAAGUAAUAAAAAAUUAUUAAAUUAUUAUAAUAUUUAUUUAGCAACUUUAUAUUAUGGUAUUUAUUAUUUAGUUUAUAAUUAUAAUUUAACUAUAAUUUUAAAAGGUGUUGGCUAUAAAUUUAUUAUAGAAAAUAAUAUUUUAAAAAUUAGAGUUGGCUAUAGCCAUUAUAUUCAAUAUUAUAUUGAUCCUGAUGUUUAUAUGAUGAUUAAAAAUCCAACUACUCUUUGUUUAUAUAGUAAUAAUAAAAUUAUUUUGACUAAAAUUGCAGCACGUUUAAAAUUAUAUAAAAAAACAAAUUAUUAUAAAGGUACUGGUAUUUUUUAUAGUGAUGAAUUUAUAACUUUAAAAAAAAAAAAUAAUAGCAAAAAUGCUCAAUAAUAAUCAAAUUUUAAACAAUUCUCAUUUAAGUAUUUUAAGAAAUAAAUAUUUUUUUAUCUUAUGUUUAUAUUUAAAAAAUAAAACAAAUUCUGAUUUUAUAUCUGAAUUUUUAUUUAUAGGUUAUAAAUAUAAUUAUUUAAUAUUAAAUAUAAAUACAUUAAUUAAAAAUUUAAAAAAAAUUUUAUCUUUAAUUGCUAAAAUAUCUUCAAAAAAUGGUAAUAUUUUAGUUUUACACACAAGUAAUAAAGUAUUAAAUAAUUUAUUACAAAUUAAUUGCAAAAAAUUAAAAGUAAAUUUUUUAUUAGAAUCUGAAAAUAAUCCACAAGAUAAUUUAGUAAAAUCUUUAAAAAAAUUUCCAGAUUUAGUUAUUAGUUUUGAUUAUAAAGCUAAUAUGUAUUUUUUAAUGAAAUUAGCUCACUUUAAUGUUCCAGUUAUUUGUUUUACUGAUUUUUUAAGCAGAAAUAUUGUAAAUAAUAUGUUUUAUUAUUUAAUUAUUAAUAAUAAUUCUUUAUAUAUUAAUGUUAUGUUAAUAUAUUUUGUUUUUAAUAGUAUUAGUAAUAGUAAACAAUAUUUUUUAAAUAAAUAAAUAAUAGAAAAUGAUUCAAAAUUGUAGUAAAUUAAAAGUUUAUGAUAAUAGUGGUGCUAGUAUUGUUAAAUGUUUCAAAAAUUUAAAAUAUAAAAAUAAUAAUAAAUUAAAUGCUAUUGUUAAAGUUUCUGUAAAAGAAUUAAAACUUCAUAGAAAAACUUCAAUUAAAAAAGGUCAAAUCUAUAAUGCAUUAAUUUUAAAAUCUCGUUAUAAUUUACCAAGAUUUAAUGGUCAAAAAAUAUUAUUUGAAACCAAUGGUUGUAUAUUAAUUGAUAAUAUUAAUUUUAAAAAUAAAAAAAAUCGUAAUAAAAUAAAUGUAAUUGGUUCCACAGUAACAGGUCUUGUAUUAAAAGAAUUUCGUAUUUAUUCAAUUAAAUUAAAUAUGAACGCUAUUAAUAUUUUAUAA